AUGACUUCCAACAUCAUCUCCAAGCUUCCUUCACGUCAUCUGAGACUACAAGUAACAAACGCCUGCAAGACACGCGCUGCAGUCCAAGGACGGAGCCUCCGCUUCCAUUCGUGCUGGCGAUCACCGAAUCCCGCCGAGCAUGCUAAUCGGAGCCCCGCUACCCAUGGCCCCUUCAGGCCAACCAGACCACGGCAACAGCAACCACAGCUACGCCAGGUGGAAUGGGCUGAAGAGCAGGGGAACCCAGUCCAAGAUCUAUCAGCAGGUGCUCCAGCAGAAAGCAUCUCGGUGAAUAUCGACGGACAGGCCAGGGUUUUUGACGCUGCAUUCCUGCGCGAUAGUUGUACUUGUGUGCGCUGCGUGGACCAGUAUAGCAACAAUAGGCUUUUCCAGACCUCAGACAUUCCAGUAGAUAUAAAAGGUAGCGCCAGGUCCGUUGUCGACGAUAAAAAAGGAGACUCAAUUGAAGUGCAAUGGGACAGCGACGUCAAGGGGUUUGGCCCGGAGCAUCGCACCCGGCACUCCAUUAAUUGGCUCCGCCAGGCAUUCAACACAGAGGCCCAGACAAGCAGCGGCGUACGAUACGAUGACCGAGUAUUCUGGGAUGGCAAGGAGAUAACAAAGGCUAACAAAUGGCUUGACUACGAUGCUUACAUGUCUCGAGAUGAGACUCUCUUCGAAGCACUCACCCACCUCCAUAGAUACGGUCUCCUUUUCAUCAGCAACGUGCCUGAUUCAGAAGAAUCCGUCGUCUCUCUUGCUUCCCGCGUGGGAACUCUCAAGGACACUUUCUACGGCCGCACAUGGGAUGUUCGCUCCAAGCCCAAAGCCGAAAACAUUGCCUACACUCCCGACUACCUCGGUCUCCACAUGGAUCUCUUGUACACGGCCAACCCGCCGCACCUUCAACUCCUCCACUCACUGCGCGCCCGCACUCCAGGCGGUGAAUCCUUCUUCUCUGACGCCUUUGCCGCUGCCCAUCAACUCCGCGAGCAAUCAGUGGACCACUUCAACACACUGUGCAACUUUCCCGUUACAUACCACUGCCACCAGCUGCCAAACCACUACCACUUCACCCGCCCAGUAAUCGAGACGUUCCCCUGCCCUAAAGGCACAGAAAUCACCAGCAGCACUAUCCGCCGCAUAAACUGGUCUCCACCUUUUCAAGCCCCCGUCCAAAUGCCUCAUGGUAGUAGCGCUACGCCUUCUCUCCGCUCAUACGUUGCUGCCGCCCAUGCCUACGAGAAGUUGCUCUCUUCUCCAGAUAACUUGUACGAGUACCGAUUGAAUGAGGGCGAGUGCGUCAUUUUCGAUAAUAGGAGGGUGCUGCAUGCGCGAAGGGCGUUUGAUGCGUCAAAGGGGGAGCGCUGGCUUAAAGGCGCGUAUGUAGAUAAUGAUGUUUUCUUCUCCAAGUUGAGAGUGUUGCAGGAGGUGUUUGAGGGGAGGUGGUUUGCUGAUGGGGUGGUUAGGGAGGCUGUGGUGUAG